CAAAUGUUUUGGGAUGCCUACUAUGGCGGCAGGAGAUGCUCAUCAAGCCCCUGCCAGCACAACGGCGUGUGCGAGGACAGCAUCCGCGGCUACAUCUGCACCUGUGCCGAGGGCUACGAGGGAGAGAACUGUGCUUUCGCUAAAAAUGAAUGUCGCCACCAAGCAACAGAAGGAUGUCACCACUUCUGCUACCCAGGAAGCAAUUCCUACCGUUGUUCCUGUGCUGAUGGCUAUGAGCUCGGGAAGGACAAGAAACAGUGCAUCGCAUUAGAUCAAUGUGCAUGUGGCAGACUUCAAGACAGCAAUAAUCUGAGACGCGAAACCAGGAAGAAACGUGAGGAGCAAUUUCCUUGGCAGGUUCUGCUGCUAAACUCAGAAGGGAAAGGCUUCUGUGGAGGAGUGCUGCUAAAAAGUAAUUUUGUAUUGACUACAGCAGAGUGUGCCCUUCUGCACAGCCAGUUUGAAAUCAGGGUUGGUGGUGGGCCUAAUGGAACAAGCGGAACUGGGAUGAUAAUGCAAGUUAGCAAGAAACACAUACACAUCCGGUAUGAUGAAGACACCGGUGAGAACAACAUCGCAUUACUACAACUCCAAGAGCAUGCCGAGUGCAACAACCACCAGCUUCCAGUAUGCAUCCCCGAAAGAGACUUUGCAGAACACAUUUUAAUUCCAAAAUUGGCUGGGACAGUCAGUGGCUGGAGAAUGGAAGGUGAUGAGCUUCGGUACCUUCCUGGUGAGGACUGCAAGCAAGCACUCAACAUAAGCCUCACAAACAGGCAGUUCUGCGGACACCUCCAGGAGGCCGUAGACAAACGACUGGCUGGAGGAAGCUUUUUAGCUACUGAGUAUAAGGGCACUUGGUUUCUGACUGGUAUCCUGGGAUCUUGGCCACUAGAAGACACUGACUGGGAAACAUUUCUAUUCACUAACACCGCAAGGUAUAUGAUAUGGUUUAAACAAAAAAUGAAGUAA